UUUAUUAAACACUGAAUCCCAAUGACAUCGGUUUCAGUAAAAUAGUUUUGUAUUAAAGUCAUACGUUAAAAAUGUUUUAAAUAUGAAUUGUCAUUCUGGUUACAUAAAACUUAGUGAAAACUAGUCGUGUUCCUUUUUCUAUUUUAUUAUAGUCCUGCCGUAAACAUUUUUCUUAAAUCAUGACGUCUCAGGAAACCGUUCAGUUUCUCAUUGACGCAGGUUUCCAGAAAGAAAAAGCCGAAAAGAGUGUUUCAAUGACAGGAAAUCAAGGUGUUGAACCUGCAAUGGAGUGGUUAUUGGCACACAAUGAUGAUAAAAUGGAACCGUCAACUGCUCAAGAAGCAUCUACUGCCAACACUAAUUCAGAAACUAAUACCCCAUCUGCAACAGUAGCCAAAUGUGAAGACAGUAACAAAUUAUUUGCUGACACUACUGCACUAGAUUAUCAUGCCAUUAAGUCAGGUCAUAGUAAUUUCGCAGGAUCAACAGAAGAAAUUAAACCGUUAACUGAAGAUGAAAAAAAAGAACAAAUAAAAAAAUUGGUAGAACGUUUAAAGGAAAAGCGUAAGGAACGCGAAACUAAAGAAAAAGGAGAAGAACUAGAAAGAAAAAAAAUUAAAAUUGGCACUGGAAAAGAGAAGGCUGUUGCUGAAAAAAAGCUUGAAGAUGAAUACAUAAAACAAAUUAUGGAUAAAAAAAAACCUAAAAAACAAACAAAGGAUUAUACAGAGACAAAAUUACAGAUUCGUCUUACAAAUGGUCAAACAAUUGUUCAAACAUUUAAUGUUAAAGAAACUAUGGCUGCUGUAAGAGUUUAUAUUGAACUAAACCGUUCUGAUGGUGAUGCUCCUUUCUGUCUCAUUACAAGCUUUCCAAGAAAAGUUUUUACAAGUGAUGAUUAUGAAAAACCACUUGAUCAAUUAGGUUUGGUACCAAGUGCUGUUUUAAUAAUGACUAAGCCACGACAAUAAAAUGAAAUUUGAUGAAAAUGAAAUUUAUUUUUUAUUAUAUGCGCAUUUACAGUUUACAUUACAAAAG